AUGGCAUGGGAACGACUAAUAGGUCUAACUAAACGGUGCCUUCGAAAGUCACUUGGUCGCUCAUUACUAGAUGAGGAAACCUUAGCUACAGUAUUGGUGGGAAUAGAAGCCUCGCUCAACAGUAGACCUUUGAUUUACGAGCACGGUGAGAAUGAUACAGAAGAAGCUUUGACACCAUCUCAUUUCUUAACUGGUCGAAAGCUUACUACUGUUCCAUCUGGACCUGAGCUUAAAGGUGAUAAACUCACUAAUAUUUACAGAAAACAACAAGAUGUACUUGAUAUGUUUUGGAAAAGGUGGACUAAAGAGUAUUUGCUGGAACUGCGUUCACAUCAUCAAGUAAAAAAUGUUCGGCAAUCACCACGAGUACGAGUAGGAGAUUUGGUUCUACUGCAAGAGGAUGUUCUGUUAUUAAGUGAAGAACCAAUCACAUAUGGAGUGUUACUAAUGACUGAAGCAAUAUUAUCAAGUUUGAAUGAUAAUCCGUCCUCCGACAAACAAGUCGAUUAUGGUGGCUAA